CCUCGUCAGCAUCAACCGUCAGUCGUCUCCCAAGUGUCCUUCACUCUCAUCCACCUGUUCGCCGCCUCCGCCAUGCACGUAUACGUGGUGGCCUUAAUCUCUGCCACGUUCUCCUCUCCAGUCAUUAAAAGCCCUGAGCUGCCAAAAAGCUCAAGAAAACAAGGAAAUGAUUUUAGGAUAAUUUUUUUUAUUACUUCGACCACUGUUCGCGAUGGCGCAUGGCCGACGCCAGGGUGUCCGAUGACAAUGAGGCAGCGCGUGAUCGAUAAGGGAGCACAGAUGUUGCAGUCUCUGAAACCAGUGAAGCAGAUAAGCCAGCACGUCUGCACCUUCGCCCUCUACAACCACGACAUGAGCCGCCAGAUCGAGACUCACCAUUACGUUUUCCGACUCAAUCAGGACUUCUUCCAGUGCGCCGUUUACGAUUCCGAUGACCCCAACGCCCGUCUCAUCGGAAUUGAGUACAUAAUUUCGGAUCGAUUGUACGAAGAUCUGCCAAUGGAGGAACAAAAACUUUGGCAUUCCCAUGCUUAUGAGGCUAAAUUGAAUUAAAUUCUCAAUUUCAAAGGGUUAAUUGUUUAUCUUACAAAUUGUUGGAUCGUGCAGAUCAAACCAGGACUUUCAGUAAACCCUCGAAUUCCGAAGAUGGUGGGGAAGCCGGAGCUGGAAAAUCUGGCGAAGACGUACGGGAAGUUCUGGUGCACGUGGCAGACGGACAGAGGCCAUAAGCUUCCACUGGGAGCGCCGGCGUUGAUGAUGUCGCCACAGGGGGCGAAUUUGGGGAAAAUCGACCCGGAACUGGUGCAAAAGAGGGAUGACAAGUACAAAAUUUCAACGGAUGCACUGAAGGAGUCGAGGGUGGAGAUCGCGGAACCGGAGUGGAUCAAUCCGCAGGCUGAUUACUGGAAACCGCAUGGCAAGGGUUUUGCUAUUGAUAUUAAGCAGACUGAAAUGAAAAAGCAGACACCAUUCCCAUGAAUGCGUGCUUCUUGGGGUUGGGGUUCUAGUCAGUGUUAAUUAUAAUGCUCAUGAUAAGUUGAACUCUUGUAUGAAGAAACAUAUGUAGGUUACAAGGGGUCCAUCACCUUACAUGUCCACUGGUAUGGUUUCAGUGGUGUAGUAGCUUCUGUAGGUUUGAAAACUGGCUCAUGUUGCUAAAGGGCUUAUUUGUUACAAGAAAAGUUCAGGAACUUU